UGACCAUACCAUAAACGAGUCGCUGCGCAGAAAAUCAUGAAUUGACUUCUCUCAGAAAUAUGUAAAUAUUGACGAAUUUAAAGAAAUUUUUUAAGAAAUGGAUGAAUCAGUAGAGGCCAUGGAGCCUGAAUCCGUGGAAUCUGGAGUCGUCGAUCCACCGGAGAAGAAUUCCGCGCCAUUGUUACGACCAGGAAGUAUGGUGAUGAUGUCUUUAACUGUAGCUGAUUAUGAAAUGCAUUAUUGGCCAAAACUUCAGGGAGCUAUUGACCAACUUCUUACUCUAAAACCAGGAGGAUAUAUUUCUAUAUCUUAUGAACAAAUGUAUAGCUGUGUAUAUAAGUGUGUGUGUAAACAAUUUUCCGAGAGAUUAUACAAAGAUUUACUGAACCACAUAGAACAACAUGUCUGUCAUUUGGCUGAACAACUCUCUAACAGUAUGCAAGAUUCCCGUCAUUUUGUAGAAACAUUCGCUUUUACAAUGAACCAAUAUUUGCAAGCUUUAGCUGGGAUAGUUCCUAUAUUUAAUUAUAUGAAUCGAUUUUAUGUAGAAAAUAAAUUAAAAACUGAUCUAAAUGAAGAAUUAAGAAAAAUAUUCCGUUCACAUGUUGUAGAUAGUCAAAUUACCAAGCUGUUGAAUUUAGUGGAUGAAGCUAGUAGUCAGCCGUUUGCUAUCUCCCCGCCAACCAUGGCUAGUUUAAUACAAAAUUUAUUCAAUUUAAAUUCAGAAUAUGUUCAUUUAAAGCCUGGAUUAUUUUCACGAUAUAUACCCAACGUUCUUCCUCCUACUUCUGCUAAUCAGAUGGAAGCCUAUAUAGCAGAAGUCAAACAGAUGCAGAGUGAUAUGCACAAAAUGCAAGGUUUCAACAGUAACUGUGAUGGGAGUCGUAAACGAUCUUUUGAAGAAGAUGUGUCAAUAAAUUAACGUAGAGAAAGAAAGUGACAGACGUGUGAUUAUAUUAUUGACUGUUGGAGAGUAUUUUACUGUGAUAUAUAUAAACAGACAAUUUCUUUUCUCGUUCCACAGAUUUGACGCAAACAAACAAUAAAUUAAAUAAGUCAUUUUGUGAGUGAAGAUCUAACUAUUUUACGCUGAACUUGUGAGUAAUAUUGUGUAACGAAAAUCCACAAAUUUUACCGCAAAACCAAAAGAAAACGUGUGAAAAUCCAAAGGUUGAAGACUAAAUGCAAAUGGACAUAUUUGUUUGUGUAAAAACUUUUACUCAUAUGUGUAUGUAUAUAUAUAUAUAUAUAUAGACGAUCUGGUAUUUGAUCGUUGCGUUUUAUUUGAUAACAAAUCAAUGAAGUUUUGUUGUUAUUUUUUGUGCUAAUUAUCAACUCUAUUUAAUCAAAGAUUUUGUUUUUUUUUUCUUCUGGCUAGUGCUCUCGUAGUGAUAUGGUGUGUUUCAAGCCAUAGCUGCACGCUGACUUAAAUUUCAUAGGAUACAAAAGUUUACAGGGAAAAUAUUUGAGAUAUUUAUAAAGUGAUUAUUUGUGUUAUAUUUAUUUUAUCUUCUACUAUCCCACUCGUGGACUUAAACAGAAUAAAAGAUUUCCCCUGUUGAAAGUUGUGAAUAGAGCAUUCGUUAUCAAUCUCAUUAAAACACAGAUCAUAUUCAUUUUGUUUUUUAUAGUUUAAAAUUUCGUUUUACUUGUCUGGAAGAGUUAUAUUUUGUUUUUAUAAGGGAUCGGCCAAUGAAAUGGUCUGUUACAGCGAGUUUUUGGCGUGAGGUGUACGGAACUGUGAGUAACCCACUAGAAACAUCAAUGCUGAUUGGUUAAUCAAAUGUCUGGCGUCAUAGGGUCAAAAGUCGCUUGUAUAACCACUGACGCGACCUUCCACUACAACCAGUUAGAUCUUCAUGUAGUGUAGGCCAUCGAAAGUAUAAAAAAAAAUGAAAUAUAGAUCUGUAUUUUAAUCCAAUUGAUUCUUAUUGAUAUUAGGAUUUAUUACCGUUAUAAUUUGAUAUGAUAUUGAUAAUUUGAUAUGAUAUUGUAAUCUAUAAUGGUCAUACAAGAGGCGUUUUUAUCCACCACUGAUUAGCCCAAGUAAUUUGCAUCCAGUCAAAUUUUCAUCUUUAAUUUCCAUCUAAUUCAAAUCGCUUACCCUAACCAACAAAUUUUUUGACAUUGAUUUCCAAAGUUAUCACCACAAAUCACCGCUGGUGCGAUUUGACGCUUUGAUAGGGUGAUAACAUGUUUUUUUUCUUUCAACUAUGUUCAGCCAGAAGAAUUGUGUACAGCUAAUCUGCUUUUUACCAAAUUCGCCAACUUUGAAAUCGACUAUACUGUCACAUGACAUCUCCACUAAAUGUCAAAUUGAUUUGGCAAGUCA